CACACAGAGAACCGCUGCACUGAUAAAACACCACCACCACAGGAAUACACACACACACACACACACUGAACAGAGGAGCAGAAGAAACACCGAGGAGAGAGAAACAGACGGACUAAAAUAAAAAAGAAAGAGAAAAAGUGAGAGAGAAGCCUGCCCGGACUCCUGCCCCACUCAACACUCUGCACUGCCCGGCACGCGCGCUUUCUGAUGCACGUUUCUACACGGGAAUAUUCAGCACAACCAACUCUUUACCUGCAGCUUUAUCAACCAGGCACUUUGGGUACUUCAAACUCUUUUAAUUAUUUAUGUUUCCAGGGAAAUUGCUUUUUUUCUUGUUAGUAUUUUUCUGUUUUAGGUUUUGCACAAAUUUGGCAACUCCCCCCAAACUUUUAAAAUCAUGAUUUUAGCUUGUUUGUUACUAGCUCGUGUUUAGACACAAGUUGUUUUAAAGUUAAAGCAUAAGGACUAAGGAAAUGACAGCUGAGACUUUUGUUAAUCCCUUAAUAGGACUAUAAUUUGUUUAAUUAGAUCUAUUUUUACAAGUAAGUCCCCAAUUACACGCCCCCAGUUUACACAACAAAUUCAGCUGCUAACAUAAACAACCCAGAUUUGAAAUUUGAAUCCAAUUUUCUGGACAAAAUAGCUUCAAGCGAGACGGAUGUGUCAGCCUGUUUAGCCGUAUAAGCUGAACAGUGUUGAUCCAUAUCUGGGAGUAUUUUUAGGCGUGUGGAGGAAGAGCAUGGACUUAAAGAGAGGACAGGGGAGGCAGGAAGAAGCCCAGUCUUUGCAAGAUGAAUGCAUCUAACCAAGGCUUUGGACAGCUGUGCUUCAGGGGGGUUUAUAUAGUCUGUUGUUGUGUGCAGACUUGACUCGACUAGAUCGUUUACCCAGAAAGGACCUUUCCCAGAAUCAAUUCCCCUGGUUGAAAAGGGACAGCAGAGAUUCAGCACACUUUGAUUCGGCGGCAAAACAGGGCAGUGGCAGUCAUGGAGAGUGCGUGUGCUAUUCAAGAGGAUCUUUCCAACAUUAACAGCAGCAAUCCUGGGGCUAACUCCCUCCCUUUGGUCAACCGAAGCAUAAAACUCCCCCCGUACUCACCUGAAGCAACGGCAGCCUUCGCCACAGCCAUCACGCUCAUGAUCGUCUUCACCAUUGUGGGCAACAUCUUGGUCAUUAUUGCUGUGUUGACCAGUCGGUCCCUAAGGGGCCCCCAAAACCUCUUCCUGGUGUCUCUGGCAGCAGCUGAUAUCCUGGUGGCCACCUUGAUCAUCCCGUUCUCACUGGCCAACGAGUUGAUGGGCUUCUGGUACUUCAAAUCAGUGUGGUGCGAGAUCUACCUGGCCCUGGAUGUCUUGUUCUGCACGUCCUCCAUCGUGCACCUUUGUGCCAUCAGUCUGGACCGCUACUUGUCCAUUUCCCGGGCUGUGACAUACGGAGCCCAGAGGACGCCCCGCCGCAUCAAGUGUGCCAUCUUGAUCGUCUGGCUGAUUUCGGCAGUCAUCUCCUUUCCACCACUCCUGUCCAUGAACAAGAAAAAGGGGACAGAUGAGGCAGGGUGUCCACAGUGUGAGCUGAACAAUGAACGUUGGUACAUCCUUUAUUCCACCAUUGGCUCCUUCUUCGCUCCCUGCCUGAUCAUGAUUCUGGUCUACAUGCGGAUUUACCAAAUCGCCAAGCAGCGCACGAGGUGCCCUCCAGGGGAGCCGAGGAAGGAAAUCCCUGCCAGUGCAGCCACCCCUCAGCACAAACCAAGGGCUCUUCAGAAUGGUAGAGGAGAUGGUGCAAGUACUCCUGGCACCCCUCAGGCAAAACCAGCUAUGCCCAGACCUCCAACUCUCGCUGUACCUCAAGCGGAGUCUACGCAUACAGAGAAGCAGCAGCCAGCAACUACCCCAACCACCAACAACCUUCUGCCCCCUCCUUCGCUUGGUACAGCAUUGACUCCUGUUUCACCCUGUUCUCCUCCAGGACCUUCUCCAUCUCUCUCACCCUCCAUCUCCUCCAUCCAGAAGCAAGACUCCCAGCUCCCUGCUCCCAGUAAACCCAGCAGGUGGAAGAAAGAGAAAAAGCCUGACAAGAAGCCUGACAACAACAAUGGAGAAAGCUCAACAUCUGAUUCUGACACUGAGCAGGGAGGGGUGGGAACAGAGAUGCCCAUGACGCCCAGUGGUGAGCCCAGUGCUGGCAUCCACUCACCUGCAACCAUCCAGAAAUACAGAGACAUGAUUGCCACAGCAAAAGGCACCAGGCUGGCUUCUCGGAAGUCCAAGCAAGAUGGAACACCCAACUCAGCCCGGCGCAAGGCCAUGGUGAACCGGGAGAAGCGCUUCACCUUUGUGUUGGCAGUUGUCAUUGGCGUGUUUGUCGUCUGUUGGUUUCCUUUCUUCUUCUCCUACAGCCUGCAAGCGGUGUGCCCUAGGACCUGUAACCUCCCAGAGCCCCUCUUUAAAUUCUUCUUCUGGAUUGGCUACUGCAAUAGUUGCCUCAACCCUGUCAUCUACACCAUCUUCAACAAGGAUUUCCGCAGAGCAUUCAAGAAAAUACUCUGCAAAAACACCAAGGGUACAUUCUUCUGACUGACCGAAUGUCUCAGAUAGGCAACUGACGGAGGUACAAGAACCUGGAAAACUGUGUACUGUACGAUUUUUACAAAGCACAAUGACUUCAUUUUAACAGUGUAAAUAAGGGGCUUUUUGUUUGGCCCUGCAAAUCAAGAACAGCAUGCAAUGACAAAGCACAUUUUCAUGUGUGUCAAAUGACAGUGACGUACCUUUUUAUGGGGGCAAAUUCCUCAGAAUAUGGAUUUCUGGACUUUUUGCAACAUAGUUUUGCAACAUACUAGGACUCAUCAAAAACCAGACGCACAGUAGAGAAAGAGUGAGCGAGGGAGAUCUCAGCGGGACCACAAAAGCCAGAAACUGUCCUGUUUUAUGGAGGUUAUCGUGCACCUGUGAGGAUAACGAAGUAAAGGGAACACAAUGUAAUAGUGUUUUCCCUUUUUUGCGCCUUUCUAAGAAUAUCUGCCCUCAGGGAUAGCACAAGCAUGGGUUUCUGUAGGGAUUUCAAUCCAGCCAGAGUCUUAUUUUAUCCCCACAGAAUUAUCCCUCAAACAUUACAAAGACACAAAUACACAGAUCCUCUUCACUGAUACUUGGUGAGCUUUAAUUCUAGCGAAGGAAACAGGGGGAUGGAAAAUGCCCUUGCGACGCACAUUGCCGGGGGCCAUGCGUAUCGAAUGAAUAGAUGUUGGAGCCUAAAAGCUUUUGGAUUCAGAUGGCACCGGUGGGGGAAGAUUCCCCUGCCAUGCCCAUCUUCUCUCCCCUCCUAAUGCAAGCAUGCUUACUGAAUACAAAGCACCAACCGUGAGGAAAGACUUCUUCCAUGAGGAAAAGCUUCUUUGUCUAUCUUACUCCAGCAGGUUAUCUGGGCUGACGGACGCUCAGCCUGCUUAGUAAUCUCGCGAAUGUGGAUGCAACUGCUUUGAGGUAGAAGUUAAGGACCAAAAAAAAAAGAAAAACUGAACAUGGAAAAACUUGUCAUGGACACAGCUUUUGAGAAUCUGUUCCUAAACUGGCCCCUAAGACUGAUCUUGACUGUGUUCUUAAAGAUGCAACCAUAGCAAAGGUGUUACUAACUGUGGUGACCAGUGAAUCAGGGCAAUAAGGACCCUUUCUAAUAUAUCUGGAAUUGUUGGUUUGUUUUGGGAUUUUUUUUUUUUUUUGGGUUCACUUUUCACUUUUCUCUAAAAAAAAAAAAAAAGAACUUGAGAUUUCUGCCAUAAACUAAAAUACUAUUGCACCCUGUAAACUGUUAAUCGUUCAGCAGGGUGAUACUUUGGGACUAAGGGCUGAUGGCAAUGACACUUCCUAUUUCAUUCUCUGGUCGCUGUCACUUAUUUGAUGAUUGUUGUGUGUGUGAGAGUGUGUAUGAUGAACGUGUCUGUGUGUGUGUGAGAGAAAACUGCACUUAUUAACUGACCGAGCGAGUGUUGUGUGCGACUGACUCAUGCGCGAAUGCCGAUGUGUGCUGCGGAUGACAGAGUGUGCGUAUGGGCAGGCAUUGUACGGGGAGGUUUAUUAUUUUUUUUUGUUUGUUUUUUUCUGCGGUAUAUCUUUCGGCCCGUGCAGUGCAGAGACCCAUCAUCCCCCUCCCCAUUUCCCACUUCACUGGCAGUAAAUGAGUAAAUGGACACUAUGUGUUUGAGUAAAACAAAGGUCGGCAUGCCUUCUCUCUGCCAGCUCAUGCCAAUGCCUUUAAUCCAGCUCCUUCUUGUGCCAAUGCUGUUCCAUGUUUGGCUGCUAAACCGUGUCUUCUUAUACAAACAGUACAGAAUAAUGUUUUAAUGGUUUUAGGCCCAGUGAUCUUAUGUUUUUGGUGAAUGUGCAGGUUCAGACACGGUUCGGUUGUUAGGCCUUUGGAGAUUAAAGGUUUAAAGGUUAGCGGGUCGAAAUGUUGUAACAAUGUCGAGACAAUGUUGAGAGCUGUGAACAAUUGAGCAAUUUUGGUUUUGUACUAUUUAUUUAUUAUUUGCCUGUUUCUGUUUUUGCCCAUAUAUAUACAUAUUUAUUAACGCCAGUUUGUUAUCAUGCAUUCUUUGUUUCUUUGUUUGUAAGUUGAUGCUGGGGAUGCGAGGAGGAGGGGAGGGGUUGGGGGUUGGAGCAGGAGAUGGGGCGGGGCUAAAAUCCAAAUUGCAUAUUUAAAAUUGUUGUGUACAAAAAAAAAUCCUAGAACUUUUAAAGGCUAUAACUGGUAUAUACAUACAGUCAUUUUACAGAAAAGUCUUAAACGAUUGUUACCUGACCUGAAUGCAUCUGUUUGGGUUUUACAGUGUUGGAAUGUUGCGUUUGGACUGCACUUUUCCAAAGCUUUGCAAAGUUUCAUGAUCCAGAUCCGAAUGGGUUCCUCCUUUCUUAGUGUUGUCUGGAUUGCUCUUUUUUUCUCCACUAUUUGAAAAAUAAAGCCACUGAAAUAUG